AUGGACAUAUCCACAAGCUUUUUGAUAGAUGAGUUCUCAGAAUCCUCUCAAAGUAAAACUUAUGUUGAGAACAUCUUGCAGGAAUUGUACACUACUGAGAAGAACUAUGUCAAAGAUCUCAAGGACAUUAUUCAGGGGUAUUACAAUCCUCUCUUCAAGGAGAUUCCCUACAACGACUUCAACGGCAUCUUCGGAAACAUAAAGUCCGUGCACAAGUUUAACAGGAAAUUUUUGAAAAAUCUGAGUCAGUGCAAAGAAGAUGUGGUUGAAGUUAGCAAGCUGUUCAUCAGCCAUGAGGAGGACUUCAAAGUUUACACUGCCUACUGCACUGACUACCCCAAAGCGCAACAAAUCCUCCGAGACUACAGUCACUAUCCAGAGUACAAUUUGAAGUUAUUGAGGUGCCAGCAGCAUCUGAGGCACCCCCUACCUCUCUACACAUACCUUUUCAAACCUGUUCAGAGGGUUCUUAAGUAUCCCCUACUCUUGCAAAAUCUUAUCAGUCAUCACGAUUCAGACGCGGUGGGUUAUGAUGUCUUGCUGGCAGCACAUGAGUGCAUGCUGAGGGUGGCAGAGGACAUCAAUGAAGUUAAAAGGAACCAAGAGAAAGUUGAAAGGUUGAUUGAAAUUCAGAACUGCAUAGAGGUACGUUUAUAA